AUGGCUGAAUUGGGCAGAUGUGGUCAUGCGGAGCCCUUCGCAAUCAAAAACGUGGUUUCACGACUAGUUACUAGUGGUAGUGGUGGUGGCAGUGGUAGCGCCCUCCAUCAACAGCAGCAACAGUUCCCCGCGUAUCCCUGCCUCCAGCAGAGCUGUAUGGUUCCGGGUAACCGAUUUUCUGAGGUCUUUCCAUCUUCUCUGCUCCCACCACCACCCCCUCUCCAACGCAUUGAUGCGGAUACUGUGGUGGUCGGAGCAGAAGUGGCUGGUGCUGGGUCUCUGGGCCGCAGGAAGGCCGCUCCUCCAGCACCACCUUUGCGCACGACUACGUUGAAGGCGGAUGAAGUCUGUGAAAAAGCCACAGCGCCUCUCCAGGUUUGUUAA